AGACAAGGGUUCUAUUUAAGAACUUGGGACUUGCAGAAGACCGUUACUUUGGAUCGUCUGCCAGUGUAGUCUGUUCACCAUGCUCCGUUUGGUUGCCCUCAGCGUUCUUCUGUGUGUUGUAACGGCACAACUUCCAAGGCCAUGUGAAUCACCGAAGCAAUGGGAGGGGAGAGUGAUAACGGUGGACAGGAAGGAGAAUUUCUUCAGGGCGGGUCGCAUCAGUUAUGACGAGUACGCACCUCGAUUCCGAAUCAUCGAGGAGGAGUCUAAAGACAGAGACGUGUCUUACUAUGAUGUUCUCUACUUACACAAUGUGGGUAAAGAAUACCGUCUUAAUCUGAAAACUAGACAGUGCAACGUGACAGCUCUGACACGCCCCUUCCGUCCUUUCGGAGUACCUCCAUUUGCAAACUUCACCGGUGAGGCUACCAUCGGGGCUGCUGGUAUUCCCGGGGAAAAUGCUGUCAUCGAGAACUUUAAUGGUCAGUUCGAAGAUGGAACUAGAUUCUUUGGAGAUGUUACCUACCCAGAUUGUAUUCCUGUAUCCAAUGGAGCAAUUUCCAACGAAUUUGGAUUCGUUAUGAAUACAUUUUUCGAUAUCAAUAUUGGAAUUACAGACCCCAUGGUUUUCAUUCCACCAAAGGAGUGCGCCGGAAGAUGAUCUGAAAUAUUUUUUUUUUUUAUAAAAUUCAAUCCAUUGUAAUUUUUUUUAUACAUUUUUGAAAUAACAAAGCUUAAUACACAUA